AUUUCCUAUUCCAUCAUUCCACCGUUCGGACACAAAUUUGUAGCGUUUUUUACUUUACUAUUCUCACUAUGUACUUUAAGUUUGUUGUUUGUUUUAGUGUUGUUAUUCCUAUAGUUUUGGGGAAAGUUGAACUGUCUUUGGACAAAAGUGAAUAUGUUUUGGAAAAAGGAGGCAAUUUAGAUAUUUACUGUUAUGGAACUGAGCCCAUUCAGUGGGAUAUACCAAAGAAUUCAGAUAACUUUACUAAAAUUAAUACAAAAAGUUUACCAGGAGACAAAACCCAUUCAUAUGUUGCUUUACUCGAAAUAAAAAAUAUUUCAUAUCUGUAUGUGGGAUCGUACAAGUGCCUUGGUCAAAACGAAAACAAGUCUAUAUACUUGUAUGUUAAAGAUUUGGAUCAUUUAUAUACGUAUGAUAAAGACAUGGUAGACGUUUAUCCAAAGCGGGGUUCAGAAUAUGUAUUACCAUGCAAACCGACUUUUCCAGAGGUUAAAGUUACACUUUAUGAUAGUACAAAAGAGAGAUAUAUAACGCUGGGAAAACUUGAUGACAAAGAGGCUUUAUACACAGCACAUCCUCACCAUGGAAUUUAUAGUAAUGCCAGUGAGGAUUCCGCAUUCAUAGAUUGUACUUUUGAAUAUACAGAUAAAUACAGCUCGUAUCUUGUGGUACUCGUUCACGUAGAAGGUCCUGGUGAGCAUUUUAUAAAAUUAACACCCCACACGAAUAUAUCUAUCACCGUGGAAAUUGAAGCUCAUCCACAAGCUAACAUAUCAUGGAAGCUCCCAAAAAAUUUUGAUGGACAAGAAGGUGAAACAAAAAAAUAUGAUAUAGUCAAUAAUAUGACGCACACCACUUUAUUCUUAAAGGACGUUGAAAUAGUAGACACCGGAUUUUACACAGUGAAAGCAACCAAUAUGUACCAAGAUGAAAAAUCGUUGGAUUUCUAUGUCAAUGUUACCGUUAGUGAAGAUUAUUUCUUAAGCAACAACAGCAGUGUCCAACCAGAUUGGAGAUCGAACUAUAAGGGAGACUAUAAAGGAAAUGUAAAACCACUUUGCACAAAGGAUUUGAUAUGUUGGGCUUUCCAGGUUUCCAGGGGAAUGGAAUAUUUGGCUUCUAGAAAAGUUUUGCAUGGAGAUUUAGCAGCCAGAAACAUAUUAUUAUCUGAGAAUAACGUAGUAAAAAUAUGUGACUUUGGUUUGGCCAAAAGCAUGUAUAACAAUGAUAACUAUCAAAAGAAAGGGGAGGAUUUACUUCCAAUAAGAUGGAUGGCAAUAGAAUAUAUAAGGGACCACAUUUUCUCCACUCAGUCCGAUGUUUGGUCUUUUGGUGUAGUUCUGUGGGAGUUUUUCUCGCUAUCCAGAAGCCCAUAUCCAGGUAUUUUACCUGAUAAAACUCUUUAUGAUAAAUUAGCCAGUGGUUAUAGAAUGGAAAAACCAGAGUUUGCGCCUAAAGAAAUCCACAAUAUGAUGAUGGAUUGUUGGUUGGAAAAACCACAAAGUCGACCAUCAUUCGAAAUCCUGACUGAACGACUGGGGAACCUUUUGGAAGAAAAUGUCGCAAGGGAAUGCAAACUCGAAGCGACUAUUUGGCGAUGGUCAGCCCUCCAGACUUUGAUUUGCUUUCCUCGCCGCUGUUGGACGACCAUCCAGACUCUCCCGAUUUGGACUCGAUGGGUUAUUUGCAGUCCUGGAACGGAAAACGGACAGAUCUUCGUGUUUCCAGACCAUCAACCACCAAAAAAUACCCUGAACGAAAACGGAACCGUGUUUGAGAAGGAGCCCAUGAUGUCACCAGGAAAUCAAGUUCCCAAUAGUGUUUCGAACCAUGGUUAUCAUUUGCCACUAAAUGUUGAAGAUAAUUACGUGAAUAUGCCUCAAAAUAAACAGGAUAAAAACGAUGUCAUAAUUGAUUUUAAAGAUAAUGUUGUUAUUCCUAUAGUUUUGGGGAAAGUUAAACUGUCUAUAGACAAAAGUGAAUAUGUUUUUGAAAAAGGAGGCAAUUUAGAUAUUAAAUGUUCUGGAACUGAGCCCAUUCACUGGGAUAUCCCAAAGAAUUCAGAUAACUAUACUAAAAUUAAUAUAAAAAGUUCACCAGGAGACAAAACCUAUUCAUAUGUUGCUUUACUCGAAAUAAGAAAUAUUUCAUUCCUCUAUGUGGGAUCGUACAAGUGCCUAGGUCGAAGUGAAAACAAGUCUAUAUACUUGUAUGUUAAAGGUAGCUUAUUUAAAUUUUUUUACACAAACAUAAACAAUAUUAUUUCAGAUUUGGAUCAUUUAUAUACAGAAGACACACACAUGUUAGACGUUUAUCCAAAGCGGGGUUCAGAAUAUGUAUUACCAUGCAAACCAACUUUUCCAGAGGUUAAAGUUACACUUUAUGAUAGUACAAAAGGGAGAGAUAUACAGCUGGGAAAACUCGAUGACAAAGAUACUUUAUACACAGCACAUCCCCAUCAUGGAAUUUAUAGUAAUGCCAGUGAGGAUUCCGGAUUCUUAGAUUGUACUUUUGAAUAUACAUACAUAAAUAAUUACAGCUCGUAUCUUGUGGUACACGUUAACGUAGAAGAGCCAAUAUAUUAUUUACCAACUCCAAUAGUACGGGAUUUAAAUUUCAGUCAUGUUGAAAUUGGUCAAAAGCUUGUAUUAGAAUGCGAAUUGGAAAUAGAAAAUCAAGUUAAAAUGUUUUGGAUAUUGCCCAAUAACACGAAAAUAAAAGGACCGAUGAGAUCUGAAAAUGAACACAAAUUAAAAAUAAUGGAGUUAAUUGUAAACCCUACAGCAAAACGCGAUAUAGGAAAUUAUACUUGCUUAGUAGAAGACCUACAAAAUCACACAGUCACCAGUUCUAUACCUAUUAAGUUAUUUAGCAAUGAUUUGUCUUUGGUAAAACCCCACACAAAUAUAUCUAUAACCGUGGAAAUUGAUGCGCAUCCACAAGCUAACAUAUCAUGGAAGCCACCAAAAAAUGUCGCUAGACAAGAAGGUGAAACAAAAAAAUAUGAUAUAGUUAAUAAUAUGACGCACACCACUUUAAUCUUAAAGGACGUUGAAAUAGUAGACACCGGUUUUUACACAGUUACAGCCACCAAUAUGUACCAGGAUGAAAAAUCGAUGGAUUUCUAUGUCAAUGUUACCGAUAUACCAAUAGUAGAAAUAUUGACUGAUGACUUCCACUUAAUAAACGAAAAUUCGACGGUAAUCUGCAGGGUGGCUGCAAAUCCUCCCCCAAACAUUGAAUGGUUUUACAAAGAUUGUGAUUCUUGCGACUUUAAACCGAUAAACAAAUCCAUAAACACUAACAGAGAUUACAUAUAUAAUUCCACUGUGACAAUAAAAAGAUCAAAAGAUGGUCUUUUGAAGUGUAUAGCUUCAAAUAAUGUUAAAAACGGGUUCGAAUUCGCUGGUUUAGAUGACUUCUAUGUAGACAACAAAAAUGUUUACCUUGCUUUACACGAAAAAAUUUCCUUAAUGUGUGGGGCAUCUGUAAAAAACUAUUCUAAGCCCGAAUGGUAUGUCAACAGUACUCUGGUAGAAAAAGGGUUUGGCAACGGCACAUUUGAUCUGAAUAAAGCUAAGACUAAUUAUAGCAGUAAAAUUUAUCUUAAAAAAGAAAAAGCUGAAUAUACAGAUAGUGGUAAUUAUGAGUGCAAGGUUGAAAAACAUGGCAAUCAAAUAAAAAAUAUCUACUACGAUUUUUCUGUUAUGAAUAAAUCGCCAUUAAAGGUAGUUCUGAAUCAAACAACUGUCAAGCUAAACGGAACCCACCCUAUCACUUUGACUUGCGAUGUCUUUGGUUUGCCCAAACCCAAAGCAGUUUGGCUUAAGGGCGGACAAGAGAUAAAAUCCACAAAGGAAAUAUUAUUUUCAAAUGGAGUACCUUAUACAAGAUUAAACAUAACAGUUUUUAAAGAAGGUACUUAUGAAUGCUCAGGAACAUUGGGUGUCACUAUUUCGAAGGAAAAAUAUGUAGAGCUAGAAAGUAAGAUUGCAUCGUGGAACAAGGUUUUGUUCAUAUGUCUUGGAGUACUUUUAGCAAUUUUGAUUGUCGUUCUUGCUAUUGCUUUAAAAAUUUUCAAAUCAAAAAAGAAACUAGAAUACGAAAUGAAACAAGCAGGUUUAGAUAACUUCAAAUGCGGCGCUAUAGAAAACCUAAACCCGAAUCUAGCAAUUGACGAACAAGCGGACUUGCUUCCCUACGAUGACAAAUUCGAAUUUCCCUUGGAAAAUUUGAAGAUGGGUAAACAGCUCGGUUCAGGGGCAUUCGGUGUUGUCAUGAAAGCAGUGGCGAGGCAUAUCAUGGACCACGAGGACAUGUCUGUGGUUGCUGUCAAAAUGGUGAAGAAAAACGCUGAUCCGGCUCUGAUUAAGGCGCUGGCAUCCGAGCUAAAGAUUAUGGUGCACCUUGGAAAGCAUUUGAAUGUUCUUAACUUGCUUGGCGCUUGUACUAAGAACGUUGCAAAAAGAGAACUGAUGGUCAUAGUGGAAUUCUGUCGCUACGGAAACCUGCACAACUAUAUCCAAAGACAUCGAGACAACUUCAUUAACCAAAUUGAUCCUAAUACGCAAUCAGCCGACUUUAGAAUUGGGCUGGAGGUUCUUGAAAGAGUCUAUUCAGCUCCAAACAGCCCUGCUGUGAAGUACGCUGAGUUAUCCUUCCAAAAUCCCAGAAGGUAUACCGGUUCCAGCCAAGGUUCAAGAAAUUAUUCUGUAAAUUAUUCUGCAAGAACACAGAUGUCUUCUCUAUCCAAUAAUUCUGAACCUAGUGAAGAGUUUUUCUUGAGCAACAACAGCAGUAUUCAACCUGAUUGGAGAUCGAACUAUAAGGGGGACUACAAAGGAAAUGUAAAACCAAUUUGCACAAAGGAUUUGAUAUGUUGGGCCUUCCAGGUUUCCAGGGGAAUGGAAUAUUUGGCUUCCAGAAAAGUUUUGCAUGGAGAUUUGGCAGCCAGAAACAUAUUGUUAUCUGAGAAUAACAUAGUAAAAAUAUGUGACUUUGGUUUGGCCAAAAGCAUGUACAACAACGAUAACUAUCAAAAGAAAGGGGAGGCUUUACUUCCAAUAAGAUGGAUGGCAAUAGAAUCUAUAAGGGACCGAAUUUUCUCCACUCAGUCCGAUGUUUGGUCUUUUGGUGUAGUUCUGUGGGAGUUUUUCUCGCUAUCCAGAAGCCCAUAUCCAGGUAUUUUACCUGACAAAACUCUUUAUGACAAAUUAGCCAGUGGUUAUAGAAUGGAAAAACCGGAGUUUGCGCCUAAAGAAAUCCACAAUAUGAUGAUGGACUGUUGGCUAGAAAAACCGCAAAAUCGACCAUCAUUCGAAAACCUGACCAAAGGUUUGGGAGAUCUCUUGGAAGACAAAGUCAGAAGGCACUACAUUGAUCUCAACGACCCUUACCUAAAAAUGAACACCGAAACAUUGGACACUCGAAGCGACUAUUUGGCGAUGGUCAGCCCGCCAGAUUUUGGCGUGCUAUCCUCCCCACUUUCCGACGACUGCCCCAACUCCCCCGAUUUAGACUCCUUGGGAUACUUGAGCAUGCGCUCAGCUGACAUUUUCAGUCCUAGGAUUAAGGACGGGCAGAUAUUCGACUUCGCAGACCCGCAAUCAAGAAGUACGCUAAACGAAAAAGGCAGCCAGUUUGAGAUGGAGCCUAUGAUGUCACCGAGAGAUGAAGUUUCUGACAGUUUUUCGAAUCCGAGCUAUCAUUUGCCACCGAAAGUUGGAGAGAUAGCAAGAACUGCGGACAAUUACGUCAACAUGCCUCAAAAUAAGCAUGACAUGAAGAACGAAAAAAAGGAUACGGACAAGGAUGUGGCCGUUGAAUAUAAAGAAAUGCCCAAUUAUGUUAAUGAUUCUUCUAGAGAUUGGGAAGGUGGAAGGGCCUAAACUGUGGAUACAGUCUUUAAAAGACAUUACAAAACUCUGCGAGUGAAUAAAGAACUUUGAUUCUCAAAAGUUUUAAAUAUAAUUUCACUGCAAUGGAAUGGAAAAAUUGGUCUCACUACAUUGUAUAUAAUAAUUAUAAGUACAAUUAAAUAAAAUAGGUAUUUUUAAACUAUUAUUAAUAAACAGGCAUAUUAUGUACUUAAAACAAAGAUUAUAUUUUAAUUAUAUAAAAAAAUUGUAUUAUUUUAAAUACGAAAUAAAUAAUUGUGCAAAUUUCUUGUUCAUUCAUUUAAAUAUACUAUACGUGAUUGUAUAGAAAUGUUGGAAUCAUUAUAGGACCCAUUAAAGUUGGAAAAAGAUCCUGAAAAUGUGCUGCUUUUAAAGUCAGUUUCAGGCCCAUGUGGAUUAAGGACUUGAUCAACAAUACCUAUAUUCAUCGCCUCUCCUAAAAUACAAUAACUUUUAUCUAAGAAAACAAGAUUGCGAUAAUACUUAACAAACUGCUUCUAAAUACCAAAUUUGGAAAAAUGUAUUCAGCUUCAUUGCAUUGAAUAGUUGACGUAGACAGAGAAAAUAAAACAGUAACCAUUGAAGCCAAA